GAUCGAGAGGGUUUACACGAAGGGACAAGUGUGCCCUAGCUAUUUUUAUCGAACAUCUGAUCAAUCAACUUUAAAUUUUCGCGGCAAAACAAUGGAACCAGAAGGGCAACGAACUUCUUCGAACCCAUCAGCAAUGCUCGCCGCUCUUCUAAGCAAAAGGGCCAAACUUCACGAGGAACUUCGAAGCAUUGAAAAACAAGUCUACGAUAUGGAAACAAGUUAUUUGCAGGAUCCAAGCCAGUGUGGCAAUGUAUUGAAAGGUUUUGAAGGGUUUUUGUCAUCAACUAAAAGCACCACUCUCUUAAAGCGAUCCCGGAAGUUUCAGCCUGAAGACAGACUCUUUUCGUUAUCCUCAGUCACCUCACCAGCAGCUGAGGAGCAAGCUGUUGGACGAGAUGGUGGAGGUAUAGCAGCAAGCACACAGGGAAAACCAAGGAAGGGAAGACCAGGGCCAAGAGAUGCAAAGAGGAGCAGGCAUUCAAGUGAGCCGGACUAUGACUAUGAAGAUGAUCCUGACAUAAUUAUGUAAGAAUCAUUUUAAGGGUGACAGAACCUACCAUGGCAGGACCAGAACUGGGUGAUGUCAUUUUUUGUGUCAGUGGACCUAUCGGAAAUAAGCUUUGAACAAUUUAAGAACUUGCAAUAGGGAAUUUUUUUUUUUUUUUUUUUUUUUUUUUUUCUCCUGAAAUCAUGUAAAUGACUAGUAUCAAUGGAGCCCCUUCUGGCUUAAACAUUAUGGGAAGCUUGAACUGCCUCCACAAAAUUAUCUAUAAGGUUUUUGUGCCUGUGUAUAUCAUGUCAUUUUGAAUAUGUUCUAUAAGAAUUUGCUCAAAAAAUAUGAUUUUAAUUCUUCUUUAGAUAUUGCUGAUGAUUGCUAUGCAUUAUUUCGU